CUAAAGUUAUCGAAACCAAUUCUUGUAUCGACACCUUAAGCGCAGAUUCUGGGCUGCUUGCAAUAUGGCUGACAUCUGGAAUCUGGGGAGUCUAAGGUUCUAACUACAGUUCCCUAUUCGCUACAGACAUUCAGAACAUAAUGGCAAUGCCCCCUGGGCAGGGGGGUGGGGGCCCAGCUAUGGGGAUGAUGAGUAAACCAAUGGUUCCUGGAGGCUCCUGGUGGAGGUAUCCUGUUCCUCCAAUGAUGCAUCAGGUUACAUCUCCUCCUCCUCACUCUAGACCUGGAGACACGUUGUCCAGAACCAACCUGUAUAUCCGGGGACUAGCUCCGCAUACUACAGACAAGGAUCUUGUUAUGCUCUGCCAAAAAUUUGGACCGAUAAGUUCGACCAAGGCUAUCCUUGACAAAGCGACUAACCGAUGCAAAGGAUAUGGAUUUGUCGACUUUGAGUCUCCCAACAGCGCCAAUGCAGCCGUGAAUGAACUUCAGCACCAGGGUUAUCAGGCCCAGAUGGCCAGACAAGCCGAGCAGGAUCCUACGAACCUGUACAUAGCCAACCUACCCCAGAAUAUCAAGGAGAAUGACCUCGAGUCCUUGUUCAAUCCUUAUGGACAGGUUAUAUCUACUCGGAUACUCAGGGACGCAAGCCAACAGAGCAGAGGAGUAGGUUUUGCCAGGAUGGAGAGUAGAGAGAAGUGUGAACAGAUAAUAUCUCUGUUCAACGGUCGACCCCUGGCCAACUCUAAUCAGGCCCUCGUGGUAAAGUUUGCUGAUGGAGGAGGGAGCAGGAGGAAGACCAAUGUAUCAAGUCCUGAUCCAACCUGGAGCGGACACGGGAGCACGGACGGAAGCGAUAACGCGUUGAGUCCUGAAUCCCGGCACAGCAAUGGCUCCGCUGUAGGAUUAGGUGGAAACCAGGGAAUGCAAACCAUCACUUAUGCUCAUCCUCGUCCUUAUCCUUUCCUCGUCCAGGGCGGAGCUGCAGCAGCUACUGGAGCUCCUUUAGUGGCUGGAGGUCAACCUACUGCCUGGGUUCCAACCAGUGGAGGUGGAUUUAUUAUACAAUCUCCUACUGCCAAUCCUAUGGAGAUGUAUCCAAUAUCUUCUCCAGGUGGAGUUGAUCCGUAUACAUGCUUGGUGUCUGGGAUGCAAGGAUUAGUUCUAGGAAACCAUGGAGCAUAUCCCGGAGCUCCUCCAAAUCUCGCUCAGGGAACACAGAUGUUUCAGAACCCGUUCGGCUACCAGAUAUUCGGGAUUCCAUCCUUCCAGGGAGGAACGGGUUCCGCUUCUCUUACACCCCUGGAACAGAACGGAGGGGGACCACCCUCCCUUCUCCCUCCUGAGGACCCAACCUGUUCCCAGCCCCCGCCCCAACCUCUUCAGGUUCAGGAAAAAGUACAGGGUGGAGAGUAGGAGGAGUGUAGAUCCAACCUGAACCAGAUGACUAGGAAGGAGACACCCAACUCUAUCUGUGAAUACAUCCAGAGCCAAAACUGUGGAUUGUGGAACCAUUGUCCAGGGUUUGGUUUAUCUAAGCCCUGUCUUAACAACAGUUUAUCCCUGAAAUCAUCCAGGAUUAAAGGAUCAACUCAUGUACUCCUCCCAACAGGAUGGAGUGGAGUAGAAAACCGUCAACUAUUUAGGGAAAAUUAAAGUUUCUGAUUUUGAUCAAUAUGCUUGAGAUGUAGAAAAAUUCUAGUUCACCACUGCACCCCAUUCCUCCAUUAUCAUCCAUUCAAUUUUAAUACCAGAUUCUAUCCUCUAUAAUAUCUAUACACAAGUGUCCACUACAGUGUGCACCAUGAACUCUUAGACUAGAUUAACGGUACAGUGAAGAACUUGAACAUUCACCUGAACAGAUUCCUGAGUUGAAUCUGAUCAAGAUUUGGUUCUAGGAACCUUGUUAACUCAGACAACUCUCAUCAUGCAUCCUACUCUUUCAUAUUGUUCUAUCCUCCAUCUUGCACCAUCUUGUCCUUUUCCAACCUCAUUCCGUUCAUCUCCAUCUCCUUCUUGCUUGAAAAUUUUAUUGAUUUGUUGUUGUAAAGUAAUGCCUUAGAUUUUCCGUGCAUGGCGGACAGUGUUUAUGUAUCUGUGCUUCUGUCAGAAGCUGAAGCAUCUCAUCCUACGAUGUUAAAAAUUUACAGUGAAAUGUUUAUAUGACGGAACCUACAAAAUUAUCUCGGGAAAUCCGUUCUCCGGAGAAUCCCAGGAUAAAUAUUUCCACCCGUCCUCACUUUCCAGAACUAGAAAAAUGUAAAAUUUAAAGUAUAUUUUAUUAUUAAUAGUUUUAUUGAAAUUCUAAUAUAUAAAAUGGCCGGGGGGAGGUUCAGUUAUAAAUUUCCUAGAAGUCUUGAAAAAGAAAGUCUGCACAAGCGCGGGAAUAGAAACCGAACCCGGCGUAAUUUGUUAAAAUGAAAUUUAAUGUUUAUUGAUUUAGUUUUUCGUAGAAGGGUUUCUGUCAAGUUUUAGUAGCAGGGUUGCUGCAAAAAAUGUUUUUUCUCUCCGACCUUAAGAUAUGUUCUUAGCUUGGGGAAUACGGUUGUGGUUUUGGUUCUUGGCUUUCAAGAGAUGGUUCGGUAGAUCAUAUUUCAUGGUUUUCCUCUUCUCUUGCUCUUCUCCGUUAUUCCCUCUAGGAACAGGUUUUCUGUCGAUUUAAAAAUAUUUGUGUGGAUGGUUUUUAGAUUGAACGCGCUCAAAUCCUCCAAACCAGCGUCAUUGUUUAGCACUCCCACACUUUGUUCUAUGUUGAUUUAAAUAGUUAUAUUUGUGAUGAAGAGAUUUCAUGUAUAAUUAAUUAGUGCUGAUAUGUCAUGAUUUUACGGAGAUUCAAUCUGUUGAGUAGAGAAGGAAAAUAUAAAUUUUAUCUGAUCCUGAGGGAAAUAGUUUUUUUUUCUAGAGAUUCAAAACCGGGUGCUUUCUAACUUCGAUCCUUCUCACUCAACAGAUUCAACCUUCUUCUCUUUUUAGUGUGAUAAAACCGUCCUAGGUCUAGUCCAAUAUGUCCUCUGAAGAUUAAUCAGGUCCAAGUACUCCAUCCUAUCUAAAACCAAAGGGUUGAAACCUGGAUUUUUCAAGUGUUGUCACGUGAUAUAUUCGACCGUUUUCUCCCUUGUUUAUCCUGCAGUAGUUGGUAUAAGACCUUUUUUCCUUGUUCUUUUGUAUAUGUAAAUAAGGAGGACUUAAAAUGUCGGGUUGGACAAUGGCGAACGAAAAGAUAAUUUCUAAGAGACAGGGUUCCAUGGUCCAAACCUACUCCGGGUUAAUCUCUGAAUUGUAAAUACAUGGUGAUGGGAAUCCCAGACCAGGGAUGGAGUACACGGACCCACUGUGAUAUAAAUAUAUAUAGGUAUUGGACUAGCUCUAGGUGGUGGAAUGAGUACAGUCAGAAAGAUGUUUAUUUUUACUACAGAGGAUUCUAUCAAUAUUAUUUGUUAUGAAAGAAAUGAAAGUAUACACCAGUGAAUAUAUAGUUUAUUAGAAUAAAGCAAUGUUAUUUUCAUAAAA